AUGGUUGGCAAACAGAACACAAUAGUCUCAUCUGAUGCUCGUGAGAGUCCUUUGGACUUGAGGGCCGAUAAUGUCCUCCAUUCUGGAGGCCAAUCCUUCCAAGUGGCAGAUGGAAUUUCUUUUCUUGAGGAAUGCAUAGUUAACUAUGGCAGACUACCGCUCCCAGAAAUGUCUAUCCACAAAAUUCAAGCAAAGGUUCCAUUGAUAUGGGGUCUAACACCAAACAAUGCUUCGAGGUUGCCCUGCGCUUCCAUGAUGGAAGCUUCUACGCAUAGAUUGUUCGAGAACAUAGACUUCGAGGAAAAGAUAUCUUUAGUGGAACUGCUAUGGCGUGGAAUACGCAGGGCCGGUAACGCAAAGGCCACUAGAGCCAUGAGCACCAAACCUAGAGUGCCAUUCAGAGGUAUCAAACUUCUCAACCCCAAGGGAUUUGAGACGAGUCUUGAACACUAUCGUGAGGCGAAAGCCAAAGAAAUGUUGUCUAUUUUCAAACGAAUAUUUCGGGAGGAGUCUGACCAAGCAAAAGCCGAGAUCUCUAAGCUCUGUGCGACGCUUUUGACAGAGUUCGACACGCUCAGAAACAACAGCGUUUGCAAGGAUGGUCGUAAGCUAGAGAAGUUCCGCACUACAGAGGGAAGCAAUCCCAUGAUUGCUAAUUGCAGUGGGCUGGUUGAGGUUUUGAAAACAACCAAAUUUGUAAAUGUUGCUAAUUUGGCUGACUAUUUAAGUUCUAUGUCUGGCCCCAAUUGUCGCGUGGUAGUCCAACAAGUGGAGCAGGGUUCGGCCAUCGCCAAGCAAUUGGAUCGUGCUUUGGAGGAUAUGCAAAGGCGCAAGCUGGCAACGGCUAACGGUGAAUCUCAGUUACCUUCUGGAGAUCCUCAACAUGCGGUGGCACCCUCCAACACUCCAACUCGUAAUGAGCAGGUAAUAGGCCAGGGACAAACGGUUACAUCUCCCACUGUUCAACAACAGAAGCCACAACAGGUACAACCAGAUGAGGGUCACCAUGCUACCGCUGUUCUUCAUCAGGGAUAUGUUGCCGAUAUUAGAUCGGCCAGUGGAUGUACUGCUACAUUAUUUCAGCGUUCAUGUGAGGCUUUUUCGAGUACUCGCAUGACUGAGCCCGUUGCAUCACCUGAAGGUGACCUUGAACAACGUGUUUCUUCGUUGUUAAUGCAACUGAAACAAGUCAGUUUGGUACCAAGGAAUACUGCAGGUGGCAGCGGGGCCGAACAUGGUCACCAGACUACAAUUGACACUUGCACAUCAUUUCCCGAUAACGGUAGACCAGGACUUCCCAAAGAUUCCAAUGCUCAAACGGAGAAAGAGAUGUCGGAGUGCUCAACGAUGAAAUCUGAUCUGUUCCCUGAAGCAACUAAUCACACAGUGGAUACGGUACCCUUUGGAAUGCAGUCCGUCAAAUGCCAUGACAUACAUUACCCCGAGCAACGCUUUGGUGACUAUUCUGUUGAACAAAUUAUGCAGAAUCCAUGUUUCGGCCGUUGUGAGGAAAGUGAACAGCAUAAGGUGGACGCAGGCCACGCUACCUUUCCACAGCAGGUAAGCUUAUACAACCUUAUGGAGCAUUUCGUUCCACAGGAUGGAUCAUACGGUUUCGCUGAGGCUAAUCACAUUGGACCGGAGGCGUACCCUUCGGAAAUAGGAGAAAGCAAAUUGGUAAGAAGGUUUACACCAAGGAUGGGCUACGCGCCACAUCCAGUGGCAAAGGCUGCCGAACAGGUGGAUCCUAAUAACGUCAUUGCCAACAAUACACCUACCACUCCAUCACCUAAGACAACUGGACCAUCACCAGGUUUUAUGACUACUGUGCAAACACCGCGUGCAACCCCUAAGUGUCAAACAGGACCACGACGUAAAGCUGUGGUUGUAGGAUGCAGCUACAUGGGUGACGCUGAUGCCUCACUUCGCGGUCCAUGCAACGACGCCAUGUUGUUUGCCUCUGCCUUAGUGACUCACAUGGGCUUCGAUGUGGAUGAUAUACUACUGCUCAUAGACUCUGAACCUGCCAAUGUUUAUGUCCAGCAGCUUGUGACACUGGCAUCUUCCCAGAAACCCGUGACCCCCGUACGUUGCAAUACCACUGAACGCCAAAAAACUGGCGUUAUCGGUGGAAUGCUCGGGGGUCUGAUUGGUGACUUGCUACAUGGUGUAAAGGCUGACAGCGACCUCGAUGUCCCCGAGAUGCUUAUGUUGGAUUCACCAGGAGAACCCAUACCUGCCGACAACCGGCCUACACGCUCCAACAUCCUUAAGGCGUUACGCUGGAUGGUAAGCGGAAUGCGUCCCGGAGACUGCGGUGUAUUUUACUUCUCGGGUCAUGCCGUACAAACCGAUGACAUGAGCGGUUGGGAAGGUGAAGGAUACGAUGAGGCACUGGUGCCAUGUGAUUAUAUGUACUACGGUGACCCUUCGCGUGGACUAAUUCCAGCGCAGCAGAUACGACAAUUGAUACAAUCUGUUGGUCGCAGCUGUCAGAUGACUGUUGUGUUGGAUACGGUCGGUAUGCAAACGGCACUUGAUCCCGCUGGCCGCAGCGGUCCGUGGCGUUACAUCAAGGGUGCUAUGUUACGCGGUAUGUGGCCACUAGCCGAUGCUACCGGCAAGAUGCAGCGUGCUGUGUAUGACCCAGCUAUUUGGCAGGAUGUAUCUAUGCAACAACAGCUGGUUCGCCCUAAGUUCCUCCCGAUGUUACAAGUCGAUUGCGCUGCAGCGCUGAUUGACGGUUUCAUAUCAUCUAAUACGGAGGACAAGUCAUCUAACAUCAUAUGCAUUGCUGCAGCACCUUUCCAAGAUGUUGCAGUUGAGACACUUUUUUGCCCUCUGUCUCUGACAGACACACCCAUUGUUCGCGUAACCCAGCAGGGGUGCGAGCAAGUUGUGUGUCAUGGUGUAUUCACCUACUGCCUCGUGGCAACAUUGCUGCGGGACCGGACAUCGAAACGUGGCGGCAUCACUGUACGGGAAUUGGUAUCAGGUGUGAAUAAAAGGUGUCAGUAUCUGCGUUCUACUCGUCUACCUAAAUUGCAGCAGCUUUGUGAGGCUACAAUCCAUCCGGCAGGUCUGGCUUCGCUUGACAACUUCUUUUUGGCACCUUGGGGAGGCCGCAUCCUUCCAGAAUACGGUCGUCGAUUGAAUAGAGAAAACGUAUACAAGCGUCUAUCUGCAGGCCUCGGGUCUUUCCUGACACUGCCUGAGGCUUGGAUGCAGUUGCACAACGAGGGUCGGAUGCGAGCUGCCGAGCAACGUGAGAAGUUUGGACGAAUGCGCAGCGCCGUGGUGAACGGUACCCGUAUGGUUACUGCUGACUUGCGUCAAAUGAUGCUCAAGCAGCAGCAACAACAACAGGGUUACGUCUACCGCGGCCCAACUUCGUCUCUCAUGUUCGGCCACGUACCUCAGCAACAGCUUUCUGCUGCCGGACAGAGCUGGUUUGGCCAUAGCCCGAUACCACAGGCUCACCAGUCGUUUACUCCACCUGGGUUCAUGACUCCUCACCACGGAGUCUUCCCAACGGAACAACAAAUGGGAUCGCCUAUGGCCGCCAUCCAGCCGAACAACUACUACCAACCUAUGGCCCAGGAUUACAUUGUAGAACCCAAUGGAAUGAUGUACCCGGCUCAGCAAUACGUACCACAAUGGGAGGGUGAGUAUUAUUUGGCUGAGCCUGCGCCACAGUUUGGUAGCUGCCCACAGCAGCCGUUCCUUCGAUACGUUCCUCCACAGGAGGAGCAGAACGUACAGCCAAGGGGCCAAUCUCACCAAUUCAGGAGCAUGACCUCAUCUAUGUUAAACAGAACGUGUAAUUCACACCCUGGAGCGCUUCGUCACAACACCGGUUCGCUGCUUAACAGCGUUUUCGGUCUGGAUUUCGACGUGAUGAACACGAAACUGGGACACAGCCAGACAACAAAAGGACUUUGGGGUGCCUUGGUACUUCCCAAGGAUGAAGAUCAUGAGAACGCCACUUUAGUCAUCGAUGUGGAGGGCACGGACUCUCGGGAGCGCGGGGAUGGUCGACUAACUUUCGAGCACCGUUCAGCUCUACUUUGUCUCGCUAUAUCGGACUGCGUGAUUGUUAACCUGUGGUAUCAUUCCCUUGGGAACCUAACGGGUUCAAAUUAUGGCCUACUGAAGACUGUCGUUGAGGCUAACCUCGAGUUGGCUGAGGCGUCAGAGAAUACGUUAGGAUCUGGGGACUAUAAGACGGUUCUUUGUUUUUGCAUACGUGACUGGUUCCCUGAGCUCGCACCACUUGAAACUGUGCGUCACAAGGUUGUGAAAGAGUACAUGAUGGGUAUUUGGAACGACAUCAACAAGCCUGAUAGGUUCAAAGAUGCAGAUCUCGAGGAUGUAUUCCGUUUUGAGUUAUUCGGGUUCAAUCACGCUUUAGUUCACCAGGAUGAGUUUACGGCCGAUGCCCAGCGCUUCCGCAAGGAGUGGCUCACGUCCAUUAGGCCUAAGUCCUACUCUCGUGCUGUGCCAUCCGACGGUUUCUUUUAUUAUGCAGGCAAUAUAUUAAAUACCGUGAAGGAGCAAAGUCAUUUGGAUAUCCCGAAUCAGCGUGAGAUGUUGGCUAACUUCCGCUGCCAGGAGAUCAAGACAGCAGUGCUCGAGGAGAUGUCGCCUAUGGUAACAGCUAUGCUUACAGAUGCACACAAUGGAUCUUUGGGCGAUUUCAAGGAGCGUAUAACGGCGUUAGCUGAUGAGGCGGUGGAGAAGUACCUUGAGCUUGCCUCUAGAUACGACAAGGCUACUAGCACAAAGAUCGGCAAUGAACUUAUCAGCUCUUUAUUCCAGAAAGUACAGCCGGUAUUUGAUGCUGUAAUAUCACAUCAUUGUUCGGACUUGGCUGUGACUGCCACUGUUAAAAUGAACGAGAGAUUCGCGAUAACUGGCAAGGAUCGUUCGCUAUUGGUGGGCGGGCAAAAGGCAACCGAUGUGUGGCCCAGAUUUACCUCUCUGUGCGACGAAAUAAGAUCUGAGCUUUGGUAUUCUCUCUCUGCACAGAUGAAGGAAUAUGCUGUGAGUUACUCAAGUCCUAGCGGGAUUAGCGCGUCUUCUGCGUUCGAUAGUUCUACCGCCACCGACAUGUUCAAUGUGACUUUCAGGAACGAGGUGGAAGUCGUACGCGGACGCCACUUACAGGCUUUACGUGGUCAGAUCGCUGACCUUGUAAAUAUCGGUUUUAAGGUGAUUGGCGAAUCGCUGCUCGACCGCGACCUCACUAGCGAGAAGUAUUGGGGCGACGUUAACGCGUUAAUAGAACGCGCUUACCAAACAUCUACGGAUGCAUUGCGAGAAUGUUACUCAGGUCUAGUGUCUUCUGUGCAAGAGAACGAAUUUGAGUACCUGAGUUUCAUUGUUCUUUUGGAGGCUGCAACGGCAAACCUCGAGCGUACAGAGUCACGUAUUGCCGAUAUAAUCGUUGAACGUUUCGAGCAGUUUUUCCAAUACCAGGACUUUAAUGGUGACGUGAUCCCUCGUGACUGGGAGUCUGUAAGUGAGGAUGAGUUGAAGCAGACCUACUCUCAAUGCAAGAAGGAUGCGCUUAACAUCGUGGCGGUAUUGCGGGAUUGUCGUCCUCCAACUCUCGAGGUACCGCAUUUCGACAUAUCCGUGUUGAAGCCUAACCAUGUACUAUACCAGGAGUUCAGCCUCGGUAUCUCUGGAUUAAAUAGUGAUGCUUCUUCGCUAAGCGACGACGUAUUGGUUGACACUGUGAAGGCGUGCAAGAAGCGCUUCCAUGAAUUGUUCCGUACGGCACAGCAGAUCCAGAAUUCAUCUAGGAACGGUGUUUCAUGGAGAAAUAUUCCACCUAUAUUCUGGCUGGUUCUGUUGGUAUGUUCGUGGAACGAGCUCUGCGGGCUGCUACGUAUCGUAUUCAAAGUUCAGGUUCUGAUACCUCUAUUGAUUCUGGCGUUCGUUGCUGUGCAAUACUUUUCUCAUGCGAUUUUCGGUGCUUCUGCGGAUGCGAUGUCCCAGAUCACCGCUUCUAAAACGGGGAAACGCGGUCGCAGGGACUCGGAUUCCGAAGAUUCGGAAUCUGAUAUUCCGUCACAGAGGCAGGCGGAUGGUUUAGGAGGCAAGCGCCGUGACCCUCUAGACCUGAGAGUAGCUAUAGAGAAUGACUUUGUAGACCGCGAUGCGUAA